GGGGAGUUUAGAGUUCAGCCUCCAGGGAAGAUUAUAAAUAAAUGACUGAAGAAAAGAGUUGGUGUUAAAUCACAAAGAUCAUCUAGGAAUCAUCUCUCUUCAAAUUCUUUAACUCCGUAAGUGUAAGUACUUGGUAGAGGCCAUGGUGCAGGGGGAUAUUCUGGAUGUUAUAAAACACAUAUGAGGGACAUUCGUCCCUUCCAAGGAUCUUUCUCAAAGUGUAAGUAUUGUUAAAUUCCUCUUUGACCUUUUCCCCCCUAGGCUAAAUUGCUUUCAAACUCACUGAAACAGCUUUCAAACUCCAGUCUGUUUAUGUCUUUGGUUUUAAUCAUUGUCAGAUCUGGGGGUCUACCGCUAAUUUUUUUUUUUUUUUUUUUUUUUUGUUCUGGGACUUAGAAUCCAUCUUUGACGUCAUAGCUGUUUCAUAGCAACCCUGACCUAAGUGAAUGAUGCAUACUCCUCUGUUCUGUAGACUUAAGGGAAUAGGCCAAGGGGUAGGCAGGAAGAUGUAUGUAUCCUUCGCCCCGUACAUACGUUCACUGCCCUUGGGAAGAAAGAGUGUCUAGAAUGGGGAGAGGGGCUGUAUUGAGUAUCGCCCUUCUUGCUGAUAAACAUUUGGAUCCUAAAAGGGCGGCUCAGCCCUUGUCUUCAUGAAUUUUCAUUUCUAUUUAAAAUUCCUUACCCAUGAACAGUGUUACACACUUGGCAAAGUGUUUUCAUGUACUGCUUAUCAUUUGAUGUCCAAAGUAACCCUCCUGAAGUAGGCAAGGAGGUCUUAAUUUACAAAGGAGAAAAUAGAAAUUCAAGAAUGAUCAGUCCCUUUCCUCCCGGUCCAAGAAUUCUUAAUCCUUUUCUACAGAAGAUUUAGGAGACUUUAAAGAAUAACAAUUUAAUGCAAUGUAAUCCCUCUUAUUUUUUUAAAUGUGGUAUUUGCUUUCUUACUUGGUCACAUUUAACUGGGAUUUCGAAGCCCUGUAAUUUGGAUCCCACAAUUUGGACAGGAGGGGCAGGAGAGAGGAAGAGUAGUUUCCUGCUAUGCCUUUGAAGUAACUUGGAAAUUCACCUCAGAAGCUGAAGUCUCUUCAUCUUUGUCUUCCCCAGAGGGUGGGUUUACAUUCAUUACAAGGGCGUGGACAGAACAAAGACAGGAGAGGUAGUCCCCAACAAGAGCUAGUAAAGCAGCAACGUGGUGACUUUUCUCCUGCUUUGUGGACAGGACUUGUGUUUCAUUGACAACAGGUGCGUCCUAUCUUUUCAUGUUGAAGGCUAUCUUGUGUGAAAAGAAUGAAGUGAUGAUACCGUAGAGGAUUCGCCUGGGAUGCCUGGGGGUUCCGGCUGCCUGUGGUGAGACAUGAGGAAUUCGGCCACUGGCUUCCUCCUUGGGAGCCUGGCCUUGGCCUUCUGUCUGCCUUUGGUGGUGGCGUCCCUGGAAACACUAGCCAUCCCAAAGAGACUGCAGCAAGCCGUGGGGAGGGUUAUUGUCCAUACCACAACCUGCACGGUCACCUGUGGCCUUGGCUAUAAGGAAGAGACCGUCUGCGAGGUGGGCCCUGACGGUGUGAGGAGGAAGUGUACGUUUCAGCGCUUGGAAUGUCUCACCAACUGGAUCUGUGGGAUGCUCCAUUUCACCGUUGUCCUAGGGAGGAGAUUCCAGCUGAGCUGUCUGAGCUCAGACAUCCUGGCGGUGGGAAAGGAGGCUUUCCGGUUCACCUGGAGAUUUGCCCGUGGUAUCAUCUCAACUGAUGAUGAAAUCUUCAAACCCUUCCAAGUUGAUUCCCACUUCGUGAGGUUUGAGUCUGUUCAGGAGUAUGAUGCUGGGACAUACCGGUGUGACGUACAAAUGUUAAAAAACUUCAGAUUUGUCAAGAGGCUCUAUUUUGGGCUGCGGGUCCUUCCCUCUAACUUGGUGAACCUGAAUUUUCAUCAGUCCCUCACCGAGAACCAGAAGUUAGUAGAUAAGGGUCUGGAAGUGAAUCUGGACAACGGUUCUAAGCCUUACCACCCGUGGAAGAAGACGGUGGCUGUAGCUGUGGGAAUAGGGAUGGCCAGUGGAAUGGUCGGUGCUGUGCUGGUGAUCAUCGCCCUGGGCAGUGGGCUGAGGAAGAUCAACAGUGGUGCCGGCCUUGAGUCCUUAAAAGCCCUCCUCCUGAAAGGCUGGCUGCCCCGGACCCUGGACCGGCUGUUCAGGAAGCCGAGCUAACUUUCUAAGAGUAUCUGGCUGGCUGGCUGUGGCCUGACCAGGAGGGAGGGCUCCCCCCACCGAAGGAGUGAAUGGGGCACAUGGAGAGGGGCAACAUCGAGGUGGAUCUCUUUUCUAAUCUUCCCUGCCAGAGGCACCCAGGAAGCUCCUAACUUGGAGGUACUGUCCCUGCGCCUGAGAAGAGUUCUGUCUUCCAAGCUUGCAUUCCCUAUCUCUUAGAACUUGUUGCCUCUCCAGACCUCUGUCUCUUCUGAGCAGUAUAAACAAGUAGAAGGGUAUGUUAGUAACUUUUCUAGUGGAAACCUUUUUUCCCUCUUCAAUAAAAAUAAUUCAUAGUA